AUGAAACACCCUUUUGCGUACAUAAAUAUUGUCACUGAAUCCCGUUUGCUGAUUGCUUCUGUGUUAGUAUAUGUUCUCUCAUUUUGCGUGCAAUUUUUCUCUUUGGUUGAUCAAAGUAUUCUCGUCCUUUUCAGUAACAUAUCCUUUGCUCUACCUUUAGUCUUCAUUAUCUUUUGCCAUGUCAAAGUCUACUUCGUCACUCGUCGCCACGAGAAGCAGAUUGCAGGACAGCAAGUUACACAAGAGGCCAGGCAACAAUGUGUAAAAAAUAGAAAAGCCCUUAAACUAACUUCUAUCGUGCUAGGAGUGCUUCUAGUUUGUUUUAUACCAAUGGGCGUUAUGAUAACUUUAAGCUCGAAUUACGUAAAGAAUGAAAUCACUCUAGAAACGUUGUUUAAGUAUUUCUUAUUUGCUUUCUCCAUGGCUUUAAUGAACUCGUUUCUCAAUCCAUUGAUAUAUUCAAUCAGAAUAAGAGAAUUGCGUGUCGCGUUGAUAGAGUUAAUGUGUAGAACAGCGAGCUUUGCCGAGGCUGGAGAAAUCGAGAAGCGGAUAUUUGGAGCACCGAACACUGUGACUGUGGUCGCUUUAGGAGCAGGGCAUGAAAAUGCAGAAGGUCAACAAUAUGUGGAACAAGAAAAUUCGAACAACAUUGAAAAUAGACAGGAGGAGACAUCACGAAAGUUGGAACAUUUCCCAUAG